AAGCCCAUGCUCUACAAGUCCGUUUCUAUCCCGAAUUCCCCAGCUCCUACUUCAUGGUCGACUCUGCCGUAUGUUUUUGUUUGUAUGCUAACGUCGCUGGCAGAAAACGGCAUUGAUGGACCGAAUAAACGAGUCGCUCAGCGAAUUGCCUCGAGUGUCACGGCAGGCCACAGUUGGUACGGUUACGGCGCAGAGCCGGUGGCACCUCGGCUGCCGCUGUCAAUAUCGGCUCCCUCUACUCCCCUCGGUAUAAACGACUACUCUUCAUGGCUGCGUCACCUUCAGCGUUCUCUUUUUCCGGCAUAAACUUGUUUGCUUUUUGAUACCUUUUUGCUUAGUUUUGCUGUUAUCCUCCUCUUUUGUUGGCUUUUUGGAUUCCCCCUUUCCCUCUCUGGACUUUGUUUAUAUUGCGGCCACCUACCGAUCGACUCUUUUGCGCUUUCAUGCAUCGACGGUGGAGUAUGAGAAGCUUGAAUGGUACCAAGGGCAGGAAGGAUCAAUUCGGAGCUAGGGGGUUUCUUAUGGGUGGAAUGAUCAGAUGUGCCCCGUUCUACGCUCUCCGGUCUGCUUUGGUCUGCCCUCAUUUUCUGUCGCUGCUCUGUCUCUCGGUGGGUUGGGGGAGAGGGGGCUUCUUUAUUCUAUUUUUCUGGGCAGCGGGUGGGCUUGCUCUGAAAUGUCUACGACAACCUUUGUUUUGGUCUGGCGCAAAGACGAAUGCAAUGUUGUCCAUGCGUGGCGGGGUUCUAUCUACUUUUUUUUUUUGUUUUGGUUUGGUCUAUCUUGGAAAGGAAAGGGAGGGAGGGAAGGGUAGAUGGUCUUAUUGCUUUUUUUUUGUCUAUCCUCUUACUUUAAUUCCUAUUUCCGUCUUUUCCCCCCCCGUCUUUCUGAGUGCGCCGCUGCUGUCUAAAAAUGCUAGAAAUACUCUUAAAAAAAGAAAGAAAACUGUUUAUACACGUGAUGUUUUAUAGACAGACAUGCGCUCGUGCUGAAAGUAAGGUGGUCUUUGGAUGUGGUUUGGAUGAAUG